GAUGGCUGCACAUAUCAUCUAGGGCUGAACUGUGAUAAGUUAACUUAAUUUUGUUGUAGCCUCAUUCUGAUCUCCGUCGCCUGCGCAUCAGGCAAGUGCCUUUAAGGGAAACUUAAAAUAACAGCUCUGCCUGGGAGAUCUGAUGAAUGUAACAGGUGCAGAGAUUAUUUCCAGGCCAUGUGUGUGCUUCUAUGUGUAACAGCAAGAGGGGGAGAGCGAAAGCAGAAAGGGGGAGAGCACAUUGAAGUCCCUGCUGCGUCUCUGUAGCCUGUGUAAUUUACAGCAGAUUGCCUUUCAGCAACCUUAAUAAUAACAGAAAAGAGAAGGAAGAUCGCAGAAGGGAAGAAGAGGGUGGAAACCGUACUGGUUAUCGAAAUCAAUUCUCUCGGUGGAAGGAAGAAGCCCAGCUGCACAAAUGAUGUGGCCUAAUUUUUUCAUGCAAGAGGAGGAGCAGCGCUUCUCUGGACGAGGUAGAGGACAGCGUGGAAAGGGCUUGACUGAUGCACAAGAGGGCAAGAUCAAACUGGCCUUUUUUGUGGCUCUCAUAGGGGUUACCCUUUCUGUGCUUGCAGUUGGGACAGAGUUUUGGGUGGAGGUGAAUACGUACAAGCAGAACCACAGCAUGACCUGUGAGGCUGCCCAUUUUGGGCUAUGGAAGUUCUGCUACAAGAAACUGUGGAUCGGCGAUGUGGAUGAAUACAGAGCAACCUGUGGCCCUGCGGAGCUCCCUGGAGAUUCUAAUUGUUCAUAUUUCAAGUUUUUCACUACUGGUGAAAAUGCUUACAUAUUCCAACGCGUCACACACAAGGAUCUAAAUAUUACUGCAGCUGUUCUGUCUCUGCUGAGUAUCACUCUAAUGGUAAUGGGAUCAAUCUGUAUUACUAUGGUUCUGAGCAAAGGUGUUGAGUUUCUCCUGAAGCCUGCAUCAUUCUUUUUCAUUCUCUCUGGUAUAUUUUUCCUGAUCACCAUGAUGAUCUUCCGUCAGGCUGUCAGAUGGCUUAUGGCAAGCAAUCAGAACGUACAGCUAGAAUAUGAGUACUCAUGGUCAGUAGCAUGUGCGGUAGCGGCGGGGGCCAUCUUGAUAUUUGGAGGAAUAUGUUGUUUGUUCCUGGUGUUUCCAACUUUGCCCAAAAAACCUUGGGAAUCCUGCAUGAAGAAAGGAAGCAGUUCAUAAGAAAACAAGUGGAGAUCGUUACUGCCUAAUUUCCUAGCAUGUGAGCUAGAGAACGAUGAAACGUGGCCGGUCCCCAGCAGUAAAGUCCUUUGCAAAAUGAGGACAGUUGUUUGUUUACGUCAUUGUAAUUUUAUGCACCUGAUCCAGAUUGUUAGUAUUCAGACUGUAGGAGUUGCACCAAUUGCAAAGGAAGGGGCUUCAACAGAAGGACAUGCUAUUUGUAUCCUAUUUCGGACUGGAUGUUUCAUUUUCCCCUUUUUGUAAAUAAGCUUUAUAGCAUCCAGAACUAAAUGUAUUUUAUUUUGGGUAGGGUGAGGGUUAUUGUAUAGAAACAAUAUUAUUAUUAUUAAUUAUUAUUAUUUUAUUUUUUUGGUGUUAUAUUCUAUUGUGCUAUUAAAGGUUAUUUUUAUUCUGGUGAGUGUUUGCAUUGAACUAUAGUAAUAUGCCAUUCAUUGCAAAUUUCAAAUCACAGUUACUUUGUAUAUCCAUUUUGGAAAAAUGACCAAGGAUGCUGCUUGCAAUAUAUGUUAUAAGCCAAUGGGCUUUACAAAUACUUGUUUCGAACAUCCAGGUCUCAAUGGCUUAUACACUUUCCAUGAUAUCAACGUUAAAGAAUUCUACACUUGGCUGUCAGAGUUACUCAUCCCGUGAUGUUUGUGCUUUUACAUGUACACAGUGCUAAUUUGCACUUUGCUUUGUUUUGCCAGAUUUGUCUUACACUAAGCAUAGUUUAAAGCUGCAUUAUCACUUUGUAAAAGUUGGAAGCACACGGGCUCCGCCCUCAGUCGGAGACCUUGGGGCUACUACAUGCAGACGUUUUUCCUGGGGCUCUGCCGUUUCUGUAUUACAAACAAAUAAAUGCAUUAAAUGGUAGCAUAGAGGGAUUGUGAAUUUAAGGACCGAUCACACAGUCCCUUGAUCGCGCCUAGUGAUUGAUCCUACAGGGUACCUCACACUGCUUUUGUCUGGUGCUAUAAGAAUGGUGGAACCCCAAGAAAAUGGCUCUUCCUAGAGCUCUGGUUGGGGAGCCCCUUCACCACUGCCUUUACCUAGGUGCAGCUUUAAGUCUAUCAGAAUCCUCACCUCUAGAGGAAGGGCUCCUUGGUCCAUGUGUGCCAAUGCUUACAGCUGCUGGCAGUGUACACGCCCGUGGUUGGCUUACACUGCUGUAGCGCAAAAUAACUUAUUAUCAACAUUCAUUGAUCUCUCUUAGGUCUUUCAUUAAUGACUGUGAAAUCAGCUCAGUUCACCGGAAAACUUUUCUCUUUGAAUGUUACAUUUCUUAAACUUCAGAGUGAAAGUCACCAAGAUUCUGGAGGCAUAGACCAUUACUUGCUGUUUUGUACUGAGUGGAGUAUAAUAUGCCCUGACAACAGGGGAUGAACUCCUUAUCUCACUUGAGAACUGCACACUGAGCACUGCAAAAGUGGGGGUCCAACAUUCUGCAGCAUUACUGUACAUACAUGCUAUAAGAGACAUCAUAGUCUUCAACAGGAUCUACUAUUGUCCUCUCUCCAUGUGGUUUGAUACAAGGGAUAAAGCUGCUACGAGUUUGUGUUUUGAGCAUUUUCCAUAAAAAUAUAUAUUUUCUGUAUAACUUAAAACCACUGUAAAAAAAUAAAAAUAAAGUGGGAGACAGACUUCCAAUAAGAAAUGA